GCCGAGACUUCCAUUUUUUGGUCAUCAAGACCGCCUCGUGCACGGCCGUACAGUAGGUAAAUUACCUACCUACCUAGGCAUGCAAGUCGAAGAAAUGAUCGCGUGGUCAAGGUCGAAUAAUACUGUCACACACCCAGAAAGACUCUAGUCCAGUACCUACCGGUAGUCCAGUAGUCCAGUCCAGUCCGUGAGUCUGUACAGUAACGUCCGUACAGUACUGUACCUACUGUAGGCAAAUUUAGGUAGGGGAGCCAGGGAUUCUUCCCCACACUCCAACUUUGCAUGCCCCGGCGAAUUACAGUCGACCAUCUCACAACGAUCUGUAUUCUAGGCCAUGGCUCAUUUCGAUGCCCCUGGGCCGGGAAUCCUCAUGGCCAUCCAUCCAUCCACCCCUUCUUGCUGAAGUCUCUUCGCGUGCCUCUGUCACCACAUCAUUCAAGAUCAAGAUCCCAUCCAAGGUCCAGGAAGAGCUCAAUCAAAUGUUCCAGACAUGGGGAGACAACGGCUGCCAUCCUUGACAAUCGAUGCAUUCGCACUACCACUGCUAAGUAUGCACUGUGCUGCUUCAGGACAUUGUUCCAAGUGCAUGCCCAGCCCAGUUUAGAAUGCUCCCACGCUCCCCAAAAUGGAGCGUAGCGAGCUUUGAGACAGCACAGGCAGAGGGGCGAGGGCAUCAUGCGAUGCGAUGCGAUGCGAUGCAGCAUCGGCAAAACUGGGGAGCAGACCCAACAGAUCUGCGCAAUCAAUGCUAAAAACGGUCAUGAGAAUGGGCUUCUCAAGGACGCCGACGCCAUAUCAAGCGCUUGUUCUCAUGCCGAGAUCUCGUUUCGGAGGUGGCGCUUUCGCCCAAGAGAGCGCCGCUGGAUUCCACGGCUCCAACCGCAUCGAGAAACAUACCCACAUUCUAGAUGAGAAUAGUACAAUAGCUCGUGCCUCCCAUGAUCCCAUCCUAGCUAGCUAGCUAGCUAGCUAAACGUUUGUUCGCCCUCUCUUGAUGUUCAUCUCUUCCGAAAACUCCCUGGGCAAAGGAUCUGUCUUUUGAACUAGCCACCGCUAUUUUACCCGACUACUAAACCUUCGAUAUCUGGAGGGUACAUGUACAACGGCUCGCCUCGCCGGUCAUCGCUCACGGCCAGGAUCGUAUUUGCUGGGCUUCAUACUUGACUUCGUGCAUUUAUUUGCUGCGAUUCGUGCUAUGUAUCACGGACUACAGAUCCCAAGAUCGCCCUAGAACUGCUUUUGUGUCGCCGUUUUCGUUCCUGUGCACCCUUGAAUUAUUCAUAUAGUUGGUGUUGUUGCUGCUGGAUAAUGGCAACAGUGACGAGUUUACCAGCUGCUACAAGCAAUUCCUCUAUCAAGCCCACACGAGCAAUGACCCAUCCACUUCGCGACCCCAAGGGCAAUGGAGGGAAAAGAAAAAUCAAGAAAGGAGAGCCAUUUGAUCCCGAGGAGUUAAGUCGUCGUCUCACGGAGCAUCUUACCGAGCAAAAGUUGAAGGCGGAGCAAAGAAGGGAAGCCAGAGCUCUGAAGGCUGCGGCCCUUGCUCAACAGAAUGUAUAUCACCAUGUCCCAGCCGUGGCUGCUUUGGCGUUUGAGAGAACAACAACGCCUGAGGCGAUGCGACAGGUACACAAGCUUUCCAAACCAGUGAUCAAGGCUCAAUUGGAGCGGCCGAGUCUCGAAGAAGCUGCCCCAAGACAGCCAUUCACAAAUCUCCAAAGGACCCAAGCAAUGGACCAAGCAAAUCUGGAGAGGGAAAUGUUACGGAAUCGCAAUCAAUUUCAGUGGGAUCAUGACAUGGAAGAGGCAGCCCAUGCAGAUAUCGAGAGAGACUUGUACAGACCACCGCAGAGAACAUUCACCUCAGAGUUCGCGCAUUUGAGAGGGAGACAUAAGAAAGGUGCCCCGCGCCCAUUGAGCACCGGAGAUGUUUGCUGGGACGAAGAUCUUCCUCAUAUACCGACAAAAUCACAGGUGCCUUUGAAGCCACAAAAUGAUGGACAUGAUCGACAUGACUGGGCACAACGAGAAGAAGUGGGAGAAAUAAGAAAGAAGGAGCGGACGAGUCCAUUCUUGCGGAAAAUGGAAUCUAGUUGGAUUCUGAUGGGCAAGAAAGAUAAAAUAUCGCCGAAGCAGGAUAUUGGGAACCUUGGAUCGUUGCCAGACGGACAUAGGAAGGCUAAUUUUCUGGCUCUAUUCAAGCGUCAUCCAAGCUGA